UUACAUUUCGCAGGGCGAGAUCUAGGCCACAUCAGCUCGUAUAAUGGAAUCCCUUUCUUUUCACAUGAGGGGCAGCAGUGGAUCAAGUCUUUGACCGGUCAGAUAUCUAUAUUCGAAAAGACAAACAACGCCACUACUUGGCCUCCAAGCCACUACCGGAAUCCCAAAACCGAUUGUCUCUGUCAAUCGCUCUUCCAGACCCAACCCCCUGACGUGUCAAUCGUCGAAGAGUAUCUCAAUGCAUAUGAAUUAUCCUGUACUCGGCUUGUCUACCCAACUAUACACUCUACCUUAUUCCGUUCGACCAUCAAUUCGGCCUAUCAAUCCACUCAGACUGAACACGUUGGAUAUGCCAGCGCUACGGCGUGUAUAUUUUCUUUUCUGGCGUUUGCCAGUAUCUGCAGCGUCCACAAAGGAUCGGCGCCUUUCGUUGACAGCAAAGCAUAUGCUCUUAGAGUUCAUGCCAUGAUCCCCCGUGUGCUGCAGGAGGGGCCAUCUUUGGAUGGAUUGCAGGCAUUUGUAAUGCUUGGGAUAUUCGAGUUUGCUUCGGGAAAUAUGCCGUCAGCUGCCUAUCUAGCUUCCCUCAAAGCACACUACAUAUUCAUGCUAGGCGCACAUACCCAACCAGGCUCACUUGCCCAGGCUGAAACAGUAGAUGAUGAUAUCCCGUCACUAAUCCAAAAUCACCUGCGAAACAUCUUCUGGCUCUGUUAUACCAUCGACAAGGAUCUCUCUCUCAAAACCGGACAGCCAUCAUUACUGCACGACGAACAUUGUGACCUGACCUUACCACCCGGAUACCUGGAUCAGCUUCAUACAUGUGACACGUUCCCUUAUCUACCAAACGACCUACCCCCCGUGCCCUAUUUCCCCGUCGAUCUCCGAUUAAGCAUGAUCAAAUCCCGAGCCUACAGCGCAUUGUACUCCAUGCGUGGCCUCCAAAAGGACGACACGGAGCUAUCACAAGAUAUACGUCAGUUGGACGACGACCUUGAAAGAUGGAGACAGUCAAUUCCACCCGAAUGGAGACCAACGCUGUCCUUCCUACACGAUACACCUGUUGACGCAGGCAUGGGCAUGCGCUCGGUCAUGUUGCGCCUCGACUACCAUCACUGCAUGGCUGCCAUCCACCAGGCAAGUAGUCGCUGUCGGGCCUGGGCUUACGGUCAUAGUGGGAUUAUCGAGGGUGUCAGUUCCAGUCUUGUGUUGUCCGUCCAGGCCAGUCGGUCAACUCUCUUCUACCUGCAAGCAGCAGAGUAUGCGCUUGUAGAUGAGAUCUUUUGGGUUAUCAUCUCUUACCCUGUUUCAGCUUUGCUAACUGUCUUUUGCAAUAUUCUGCAAAAUCCCUUUUGUCCACAGGCAAAAAAAGAUCACCAGCUAUCAAGCACAAUGCCGCUGAUGGUUCAGAAACUGUUUCGUCAGCACUCUCCGUCAAACGAAGCCAUGCAUUUGAAACAUAUCGUAGACUUCGUGGCCGAGUUGAAUCGGCUGGCUAAAUGUGCCAUCGACAAGGCGAUCAGGGACCGUUUGGAUGGUUCUAAUUCGUUACUCACGCCAGCAUUUUAA